CGGCUGGCAGGCUGCUCACGCGAGCCGGAGCCAGGCUGUUACCUGGAGCCGAGGCCGCUUCUCAUUCCCCCUGGCGUCCGCACAAGGGGAAGCAGCCGCCGGCGUAGGCAGACCCGCGGGGAAGCGUCUCGAAGGCGGCCCAAGAGGAUGGAUGUGGCACCUCCCAGCUACUGUUUUGUUGCAUUUCCACCAUCUACUAAAGAUGGCCAUGUAGUGGUUGGAAAAAAUUCUGCACGUCCUCGUGAUGAAGUUCAGGAGGUAGUUUAUUUUGCUGCUGCUACUUAUGAUCCAGGAUGUAAAGUUGAGUGCACAUACAUUGAGAUAGACCAAGUACCUAAGACAAAUGCUGUUGCACUGAGCAGACCUUCCUGGCUCUGGGGGGCUGAAACGGGAGCCAAUGAACAUGGAGUUUUCAUUGCUAAUGAAGCUGUGCUAGCCAGAGAACCAGCCUCUGAAACGGAAGCUCUCCUAGGAAUGGAUCUUGUGAGACUUGGGCUUGAAAGAGGUUCAACUGCUAAAGAAGCUUUGGAUGUCAUUGUCUCACUGCUGGAAGAAUAUGGUCAAGGUGGAAAUUACUAUGAAGAUGGAAGCAUGUGCCACACCUUCCUGUCUGCUUAUCUGAUAGUGGACAGAAAAGAAGCUUGGGUGUUGGAUACCAUUGGGAAAUAUUGGGCAGCAGAGAAGAUUACAGAUGGAGUAAAAUGCAUUUGCAACUGCUUAUCCUUAACUACAAAAAUUGAUGCAGAGCACCCUGAGCUUAGAGGUUAUGCAGAAAGUAAAGGAUGGUGGAACACAGAUAAGGAGUUUAAUUUUGCUGAAGUAUUUUCCCAAGUUGAUGAUUGUUCAAAUUGUUGCUUGGGGAUGGAGACCUUAAAAAAGCAAGAAGGCAACAUCACUGUGGAAACAAUGAUUGACCUAUUGCGUGACAAGGCUGAUGGCAUAUCCGUGGAUUCAGACUCUUUUCUUACUACAGCAAGCAUGGUGUCCGUCUUACCUCCGAAUCCGACUUCCCCAUGCAUUCAUUUUUUCACUGGCACACCAGACCCAUCCAAGUCCAUAUUUAAACCUUUCAUCUUUGUGGAUGGUGUGAAAGUAGUACCUAAAGUUCUAUCGCCCAUUUUUGGUAGUGAAGAUCCUGUGAAAAAAAUUCCUCGGUUCCAGGAGAAACCUGAUCGCAGACAUGAAUUGUACAAGGCGCAACAGCUGGCCCGAUACAUCUUAGACAGUGAUGAGGAAAAUGCCCAGACUUUAAGAAGAACUAUGUUAAACCUUGAAAAACAAGGCUUGGAAGCAAUGGAAAACAUACUCUCUAGCUCUGAGAUUCUUGAUUCUUCAGAAAUAGAAGAUCUUUUCUAUGACUGCGUAGAUACAGAAAUUAAAUUCUUCAAAUGAAUGCCCAUAGACACUGUUAGCCUUUGCACAAGAAGAACUUAGAAGUCUUCAUGCCUUGAAAGAUAAUUUCACCAUAUUGCCGAAUUUGGGAGGAAAUACUCAUCUUUCUAGAGAAACUUUCCUCAGUAGCUGUAUCCGGUUAACAUCCUUUUUCAUCAUGUGUUGUCCUGUGUGUAUUGUUAAAAGAGAAUCGGUUCAGUUAGUAUAUGCAUGCCGGCCAAUGUAAUGCUGGAAUGUUUUGUUUUAUUUGGGUGACAAAAGUUUAAAGAUGAAUAAUUUUAGAAAAAACCAUAUAGGUCUCAAUGUUGUUUUCAAAUCAAACAGAAUCUUCUGAGAACUUCCCUUCAAAAUAUUGAUCCACUUUCAAAGGAAAGACGGAUUACUUUAUGACUUCUAAAUGAUAUUUUUGAAUAGAAAAUGUGGAAAUGUUAAAAAACAAAAUUCCAUUAUAAGGGGUAUAACUUCUCACUAAUGCUAGUUUGAAUAGGAAUAAAAUCAACCUACACACACCUUAGGGAAACAGCCCACCUAGUUUUAUAGUCCUCAUUAUCUCCUAUUUCUUUCCGCUGCAUCUCAACCAUUUCUCCCAAAGUUUGGUUUUGAAUGCUGCCAUUAUUAUUGGAAAUUGGUCAGAAUGGUUUAAAAGAGGAAGUAUGUGAGGAUAUCAUCUAUCAGCUUUGAUUUAGGCAGCCAAUAUAUGUUACUGCUUUUCCAAAUAGCAGUGGUCUUUUAAAGCUACUUAAACAGUAUAUUGCUUCUCGGCCUUUUGGCUAAGAUCAUGUGUGUGUGUAGAACAAGAUCUAAUCCAGUAAACAAUUACUACCAUUGUUAUAUUAUUAUGUAUACCAAUAUAACCUCAGAUGACCAAGGUUAAGUUUGCACACUUUGAUUGACAGGGUUCAGAGAGUGAAUGUGAUCAACCUAUUUCCUUUACAAGAAAACUAGACUGAGUCGCUGAUAGAGGCAUUUGCAGCAAACCAAGAUUGGGUCAAAUAUAUGUGUGGUAAUGUCGUAACAUAAAUACCCUCAUGUGCUUGCAUUUCAUUGUCUGACACAGGUAUGUAACUUACAGUUUUUGCAUUAUGAUGGAUGUUUUGUCCCCUGCAUCCCCAAAUGCCCAUGUUCACUGAUACUAUGAAAUUAGAAUUGGUUUCUUAAAGUGAUUGAAGGUGAAAGUGUUAUUUUCCUCCAAGAUUUUGUAUCAUGAAUCCAUUCUCCUUACGUGAUUUGCGUGUUGUCCAUGAAUCCAGGUAACAUUGGACAUUAUUAAAUACUCACCAAGUUCAUCUUGCCAUCAGCAAGUCAUUCUUCCUGCUGUUAACUUCUUAAUGAAAAGAUGGAUGUAUGGAAGAGAGGGAUCGUGCAGGUGAAGCAAUCAGGCAGGGAAAGGUGAUCAGAUUCUAAUCUCAAAACUAUGGUGCUAAUCCUGUAAUUCAAAACAUCAGGAUUCUGAUGUUACAAACAUUUCCAGCUAUCAAGUGACCUACUGUGAUUACAAAUGCUAACAUAAAACUGAUGUCAUAAACAGAUGUCAGGAAUGACACACAGAUUGGUGAGCUAAAUAAUAGUUUUAAAAAUCACGCAGGAAGCUAAGGAAAGUAUUUAUCCCACUUGUACAAGGAAUUAAUUUUCAAGGGGCAGACCUUUUUCUAGUUGGUCCAAUACAUCACGUCAUUAUGGAGCACAUACAGACCUUCCUUAUUCAAGCAACUUAUCUUAUAUGGACAGUUUGUAAAGCAAACAGUUACUAUUUUAGAGUUUAAAUGUCCAAUUUCAAAGAAUAAUGGCAUCGAAAGGCAACUGAAAUUGCCUUUGAGAUUUUGAGAAAAAGGAAAAAAGUCAUCCAUAACGUAAAUGCGCUGGUUUGUGGACCUUUUCCUGCAAAAAACUGAAUGUUCCAGGUAUGCUACAAAAUCUUACCGUGCUCUCUCCCUGAGGAUGUGUUGGAAUGUGUAAUAUCUGAUUGAAGCAGAAUUUGUAAAUUUUAGGUAUUUUUUGUAGGAAGUUGCAAAGAGGAGUUUGAAGUCAUUUGGAUGUACAUGUAUUAGACAAUUAUGAUUGACCAAAUUAAUAAAUUGUUUCUGCACAGAAAGAA